AUGAUUGAUUUUUUCUCAUAAUGGAUAGAGGAGCUUAGAAGUAAGUAAAAAAUAAAACAAAAUAAGUCUAAUUUUAAAGCAUCCCAUAAAAAUCAUGAAAAAAUACUUUCUUUAGUUAUACAAAUACAAUUAUAUACUAUAUCACUUUAUGAAUUAGACUUUUUCAUGUUAUCCAUAAAAGAUGCAAUUUAAAAUUUACCUGAUUCAAUUUAAAUACUUACUUUUAGUUUUUUUUUCCUUUGUUGGAAAUUAAUAUAUAUAUUACUAAGUUUGAUGUGUUCAGAAUCAAUUCAUUUCCCUAGUUCACCUAUUCAUUUCAAUAUAUUAUCUAUAGGAUAAUAUUUUAACAUAUUUCUAAUAGUAAUAAAUCUAUAUCUAAAUCAUGAAUAAGGAGAAUUUUAAGUGACACUAUCUCGUAUCAUUAAUUUAAUAAUUUUUGGAUUUUACAUUUAUUUAGAAUGCCAAAAAAAUAUAAAUAGCUUUCAUACUUUAAUAUUAUUAUUGCUUACAUACAGUUUUUUCAAUAAUUUAUCAUACUUUUUCAUUGUAAAUACCAAAGAAAAGGAAUAUCAAAUUGCCUUAUUAUUUGUUUUAUGUCCCUUGUUUCUAAAUUUAGUUAUUUAUUACUCAAGAUAAUCAACAAAAAUUACAUUUUAAAAGAAUCGAAAAAUUGCUUAAAUAUAUAAUAAUCUACUAAGACUCAAUGAAUAAAAUAAAAAUAAUAUGAAAUAAGAUAUUUUUGAGACUUUAAUGCUUAAACAAAUAACAAUAUAUGCCAAGAAUCCUUUUCAUUCAGAAUUGAUUCUUUUCAACAAUAAAAUUAUUAAAUCUAAGAAAAACCAUAAGGCUUUUUGGUACUAUAAAUAUAUUCUUAUAAAAUUUUCAUAAAAGUAAUACACAAAAACAUUAAUAUUGAUACAUAAUUUUAAAGAAUAACAAUUUUAUUCUGAAGUAAAUUAAUAAUUUAUAAGAGUUUAGUCAGUGAUUUCAUUUAUUCAAUAAUUAAAACUCAUAAUUUUAAAAAGUGAAGUUUAUGAACUAUUAAAUUACAAUAUCAAUAAAAAUUUAGACUUAGAUUAGCUUAAUACAAAUUCUUUUAUUAAUUACAAAGUAUAAAUUUAAAAAACUCAAUUUUAAAUUUUGAAUAUUUUCAAAGAAAAAGAAGAACUUUAUUCUCAACUUUUAGAAGGAAAGUCUACAAAGAAUAAUAGUAUAUUUAAUAAAAGUUAUAAUAUUCUUAAAUAGGCCUUAUCAAUAUCAUAAGAUUUAAGAUUAGAAUUAAUUGUAUGGAAAACAUAUCGUAUUCAUUAAUUAUUGACUAUUCUUUAUGUUGAAUUUUUCAAUAAUAUAAUAGAGGCUGAAAUUCUUAAAUACUUUUAGUUAAAUAAUGAAGAAUUGAAAUAAAACCCUUUAGAGAAUAUGGAUUUUCUUUGUUUAAAACUGGAAGAUAAUUUGCUAAAUAUUUAAAUCAAAUAUUUUAGUUAGAGUCUCUUAUUGAGAUUAGGAUAUAAAGUAAAAGAUGAAUAAUAUUUUUAAUUUAAAAUGCUUUUUCCAGAUGUAUUUUAUGAAAUUCAUUAAGAAUUAAUAAAGCAAUUUUUGGAAAGUGGAACUUGUAAAUAUUUAAAUAAGAUUUCAGAUAUGUUGAUUAGAGGAUUAGAUAAUAUUUAUUAUUAUUCUUUAUUUUAGUUGAAUAUUGAAAAUUCUACUUAGUCAGAAUUAUCUUUUUAUGUUUUCAUUAAAAUAAAUGAAGAAUAACCUAAUUCUAUUUUUAUAAAUUCAUAAUAAUAAAUUAUUGGUUAUACAACAUCAUUUUUGAAGUAUAUACAAUAAAAAUAUAUUAAUUUCACUUCUAAAUCGCUAUAUUUAUAAGAACUCAGUAAAAUACUUAUUUUAAAUAAAUAUCAUAUUGGAUAAAAGUAUAUAAAAGGAUAUCUUACAUAAAAUUAAAUAGAAAUAACAUUAGAAUUAAUAGAAAGAAAGAACUUUGUAGAAUUAUUAAUAUUGGAUGAAAAUAUAGAUUAUUUAUUAAAUCAAGAAAUAUUUAGUUAGGAGCCAAGUCAACAAUGCAGUUUAAUGUUUAAUUAAGAAUCUUUAGUCCUAAUUCCUAAUCAACUAUUUAUAGAUGAAUUAAAUAGUCCUUUAUCUUUAGAGAAAAGAGAUAAACCUAGUUAAGAACUAAUUGAAAAUGAUAUAAAACAAUAAGAAUCAAUAAAGAAAUGUAGUAAUAUCAAUAGUUAGUCUAUUUUAGACAAGCAAAAAAAAUCAAAAAUGAACUAAAAAGGAUAAUAAGAUGAUAUUAAUAAUGAUUAAGCCUCAUCAAAAUUUUCAAGAGGAUUUUUAGAUAAUUCUAUAUUUUAUGAAAAAUAUAACAAAUUAAACAUAUUUGUAUCUUAAAGUACUAGAAAUAGAUAGAUUACUAUUACUUUAUUUCUAUUUCUUAUAGUCUUAUUAAUUAAUAUUAUCUUUUAGAUAUUAAAUCUGACAUAUUUUUUACCAUAAUAUAAGUAAGUAAAUUCUGAUAUUGAUAUGUUAACAAUUAAAGGUAAUAUAAUGGCUCCAGUACAUAAUUGUGUAACUGCUCAAGUUAGUGUUGUGAAUUAUAUACUUUUAACAUAUUUCUUUAAAGAGAUUAGUUAAGAGGUUGCAUUUGAUAAAAUGUAAUUUGGAUUAGAUUCUAUUAUUAAAUCAUAUGAACAUUUGAAAUAAUCUUUUUCAACAUAAUUAGACAAUUAAAAUAUUUAAGAAUUUUUUUAUGAUAGAGAAAUAUUAAUGUAUUAAUUAUAGAAUUUAAGUUUGGUUCCAAGAAAUAUUUCAUUAAAAUCUGCUUUGAUUUAUUAUUAGGAAUCAUAAUAUUUUAUAUCUAUAAUAGAUUAUUACAAAGUACUCUAAUAUGUUCCUUCAAAUGAAUUUGUUUAUUAUAUGGCUAAUAUUAUCACAGUAGACGAUUAUUUUGAUUACUUAAGUGAUGAAGUAUCAAUUUUUGUUGAAUCCAGAAUUUAAACUUUUUAGAUUAAUUAAACAAAGUUCUUUUUAAAAAUGCUAUUUUUGGAAUUAUUAAUAGCAAUAUUGGGAAUUUCAUUCUUUUUGCAAAAUCAAUAUAAUAUUUCAGUAUUAUUUAGUUUAUUCACAAAUAUAAAUACAUUUGCAUUAUAGAAAGAAAUUCAAAAAUUAUAAAAAAUGAUCCAAUUAUUGAUUCAUGAUGAUGCAUAUUAAGUUUAUAGUUUUGAAGUUAAUAUAUGGGAGAAAGAAAUUUAAGCUGAAUCAUCAUCAUAUAAUUAAAAAAUUAAUUUGAAUAGAAUAGUAAAUCAUGAAUAUAAAAUACCAAGAUUAGGAUUACUGAUAUCAUUUAUAAUAAUACUUAUUAUUUAUCUACUUCCAUAAUUAAUAUUACAUUCUAUUAAUAACAACUUUUUUGAUAAAUAUUCAUAAAGUACAGAUCUAUUAUUAAAAUUAUCAUAAUUAGGAUCAGCAGUAACAGCAGUGUAUGAAAUUAGAGAAAUUAAUUAUAUGAUUUCAGGUAAAUCUCCUUUUUUUGAUUUCUUUACUGAUCAAAAACGUAUUGAAUAAAAUGUAAAGGUUGUAAAUGAGAUUGCAAAAAUAAGCGAUUUUCUAUAAUUUUACUUAUUUCUUGAUUUGUAAAAAUAUAAAAAUAAUUAUUAGUGAUUCAUCAUUAACUGAUGAUGACUUUAUUGGUAAGUUUGAAUAAGUACAAUCAUAAAAUUUAUGUAAUUAUAUUACUCAUGUAAAUUAUUAUUUAUCAUAAUAUUCUUAGUAUAAUUAAAGUCUAGCUGAACAACAUUGUAAUCUAAUUUACAAUGGAGUGAUGAAAUUAGGAUUAAUAAAUACACUCACUGAAAUAUAUAGAUAGAUAAAGACAGAAUAUGAAAAUACUUAAGGCUUUUAAAUGUAAUACAGGAAUAAAUCAGGUGCAUUUUAAGAGGUUGAAAUAGGUUUAAUAACAUCUGAUACAAUAUUAUAUUUAAAAUCUGAAGUAUUUCAUGCUGUAAUAUUGAAGACUUCAGAAUUAAUUUCAACUCAUUAAGUAAUUAAAUUAACAAUUAUUAGAUUUUUAUUGGUAUCUAUAUAUCAAUUAGUAUCAUGCUUGCCUAUAUUAUGAUACAUUAUUUUUAUCCAUAUUUAUUGAGAAGAACUACAAUAAUUAAGAAUAUGAUAUUUUUAAUACCAUAAUUGCAAUUUUAUUUGGAUCAAAAGUUUGAAACUGAUUUCAGACUCAUACAAAUGCAAAAUAUAUGA